CCAUUAUAACCAACAUUUCAAUCUCUGACCGGCGACGUUUGGAACACUGAAUACGAUGGCGGCCACCUCAUCGCUGUGUCAAACCUUAAUCCACAAACGCUCUCUCCGUCACCUCGUACCCAACACUAAUUUCCUUCCAAAUUUUCUCUCAAAUCCCACAUUUUCCUUAAUUAAUCUCAGUAAUAACAAGAAUUUCGCCAGGCCUUUCUGUACAGCCAUCUCUGCCUCAAUGGGAUCUCCCUCCUUCAAGUCUGAGGAAGCUCGGGUCCCACCCGCUCUUCCCUUGCCUACGCCGCCACUCUACAAGUUCAAGAUUGCACUUUGUCAGUUGUCUGUGACUACUGACAAGGAGAAAAACAUUGCUCGUGCUAAGAAGGCCAUUGAGGAUGCUGCACAGCAGGGUGUUGAACUGGUUCUCCUUCCUGAAAUAUGGAAUAGUCCAUAUUCCAAUGACAGUUUUCCACAAUAUGCAGAGGACAUUGAUGCUGGAUUUGAUGAAUCUCCGUCAACUAGGAUGUUGUCUGAACUUGCUAAGAGUCUGCAAAUAACAAUUGUUGGUGGCUCUAUACCUGAACGUAGUGGUGAUAAAUUGUAUAACGCAUGUUGUGUCUUUGGCACUAAUGGAGAGCUUUUGGCCAAGCACAGAAAGAUACAUCUUUUUGACAUUCAUAUUCCGGGCCAAAUUACCUUUAAAGAAUCAAAUACUCUUACAGCGGGGGAGAAUCCAACCAUUGUGGACACAGCUGUUGGGCGCAUUGGUAUAGGUAUAUGUUAUGACAUUCGGUUUCAAGAGCUAGCUGCCAUCUAUGCAGCCAGAGGUGCACAUUUGCUAUGUUAUCCUGGGGCAUUUAACAUGACUACUGGACCACUGCACUGGGAACUAUUGCAACGGGCAAGAGCUGCAGAUUGUCAGUUGUAUGUAGCAACCUGUUCACCAGCAAGAGAUUCCGGUUCUAGUUAUGUAGCUUGGGGACAUUCCACCCUCGUUGGGCCGUUUGGGGAGGUUCUUGCAACAACCGAGCAUGAUGAAACUACAGUAAUCGGAGAGAUUGACUAUUCAUUGAUUGAGCUUAGAAGAACGUACCUUCCAUUUCAGAAGCAAAGGCGAGGGGAUCUAUAUAAAUUGGUUGAUAUUCAGAGAUUGAAUUCUACAGCUGGACAUUAAGUUCUGUUUAGGAAAAAACGAGGGACUAGAAUGAAUGAUCUAAGCUUGCUUGCAGUGUAAAGAUACACUCUAUCCCUACUUGGCCAUGGAUACCUGCUAUUCUGGAACUGCUUAGCUAUGGAUGUAACGAAUAAAGAGAAGCGUGAUUAGUGACAACUUGUUCUCUUGAUCUAUGUCAAGUAGAAAUCGAACAUUUUUUUGU